UGCAGCAGAGUUCAGCUUCCUGUUCGGAAGAAGAGUCGCCUGCGUGCAGCUGUUUCUGUCCAUUGACGUGCACCUCUGUUUCUGUCCAUUGAUUUUUAAAAACACAUUCAUUGAAGAUGUCAGAAGGUCUGCGCUCAGAACUGGAGAAAUAUCUGGAGACUUUAAACAUCCAGACGACCUGCGUGGACCACCCGCCGGUGUUCACGGUGGAGGAGAUGAUGCCCCACCUGCAGGAGGUGAGCGGAGCCGUCACUAAGAACCUCUUCUUGAAGGACAAGAAGAAGAAAGGCCUGUGGCUGGUGUCAGCCCGCCACGACCGCCAGGUGAACCUCAACGACCUCGCCAAGAAGCUUGGUGUCGGCAGCGGCAACCUGCGCUUCGCAGACGAGGCGGCCAUGUUGGAGAAACUCAAGGUGGGUCAGGGCUGCGCCACGGCUCUCGCUCUGCUCUUCGAUAAGGACCAGAGUGUGAAGUUCGUCUUGGACCGGGACCUGGUAGAGGGAGGCCACGAGAUGGUCUACUUCCACCCCAUGACCAACGCCGCCACCAUGGGGCUCCGACCAGACGACCUGCUGCGGUUCCUCAAGGAGACGGGCCACGAACCUGUCCUGGAGAGCUUCGAGUAGGGUGGGAAAGGAACCUGGAGCGGAACCGGGGUUAAAACCUGGAUGAGAGCAGCCUGCAGGGACUGAACCUGACUCGUGUUGUUAGAACAGGACAUGAAAAAGCCUGCAGCACAUAUGAACUCUGGUUCAGAUGUUUAGAAAUGAUACAAAAUGAUAAAAUGACAACAUGAAUGAGAAGUGUCUAAAAGUUAUGAUUUAAAACAGAACGUGAACAUUUUACUGCUUCAGUUACAGCUCUGCCAAAAAUCAUUUUUUUAAGAUUUUCAAAAGAUGAAAUGUUUUUGACAAUUUAUGAGACAGAAAUUAGCAGUUUAUUUCUCUGUUACUUAGUAAAGCUCAAGUCUGUUUAUUAUUUAAUGUUUUAGCUCAGUAAAAACCAACUGAAGAUCGUC